CUUUGAGACUCCAAGUGAACGGCCGUGGGGAGAGGGGGCACUCACUCUGUCUGCUUCUUCCUUCACAGAGCCCCCCUUGAUCCUGCCUCCCUCGACGGAAGCCCAGAUGGUGCAGUCACUGGGGUUCGCCAUCUACCGGGCACUGGACUGGGGGCUGGACGAGAGCGAGGAGCGGGAGCUGAGUCCCCAGCUGGAGCAGCUCAUCGACCUCAUGACCAACAGUGACUCGCAGGACAGCGGCUGUGGCACGGCGGAUGAGGGCUAUGGGGGCCAGGAGGAGGAGGAGGAGGCGGCAGAGGGCCCCCCGCGGGCUGUGCACACCUUCGAGCAGGCCAUGCGGGUGUGCGCAGCCCGCCUGACGCAUCCCCACGAGGCGCAGGCCCACUACCAGGCUGUGUGUCGGGCUCUCUUCGUGGAGACCGUGGAGCUGAAGGCCUUCCUCGCCAAGAUCCGCGAUGCCAAGGAGAUGCUGAAGAAGCUGAAGGAUGACGAGGGGCCAGAGGAGAAGUCAGCUGCUGACCUGGACAACCUGCGCAACACGGACUGGGCCCGGCUCUGGGUGCAGCUGAUGCGGGAGCUGCGCCACGGCGUGAAGCUGAAGAAGGUGCAGGAGAAGCAGUUCAACCCGCUGCCCACCGAGUACCAGCUGACGCCCUUCGAGAUGCUCAUGCAGGACAUCCGGGCGCGCAACUACAAGUUGCGCAAAGUCAUGGUGGACGGCGACAUCCCCCCGCGGGUGAAGAAGGAUGCACAUGAGCUCAUCCUGGAUUUCAUUCGGUCCCGGCCGCCGCUGAAGCAGGCUUCAGAGCGGCGGCUACGCCCCAUGCCCCAAAAGCAGAGGACGCUGCAUGAGAAGAUCUUGGAGGAGAUCAAGCAAGAGCGGAAGCUGCGCCCCGUGGAGACGCGGUACCAGAACCAGAAAGGCUUCGGCUCCCUGCCCUGCAUCGUCAAUGCCUGCUCCAGCAACGUGAAGUCCAGCUCCUGCCUCAACCUCUCGCUGGCAGACACCGGCGCCGUGCCCCCACCCCGCCCGCGGGUCCUGCUCAAGGCACCCACACUGGCCGAGAUGGAGGAGAUGAACAGCUCCGAGGAAGAGGAGUCCCCCCGCUCGGAGGCUAGGCCAGAGCCAGGGUCACUGCUCCCACUGACCCGCGACCGCUCCUUCUCGGAGCAGGACCUGGCCCAGUUCCAGAGCGAGGCGGUCACCAGCCAGCCCGGCACCAAGCCCCCCGGCACCCAGGAGUCCGACCCGCGGCCCCGCUCAGGCUCCGUCCCGGCCAGUUACCACCAGGCCCCGCGCAACACUGCUCCGCUCGCCCCUGCCCACGGCUCCCUCAGCUCCGUGGAGGAGAGGUCGGAGGAAGGCCCCGGCUCCACCCCCGGCCCCAGCACCAAGCACCUCUGGCUGGAGUUCAGCCACCCCGUGGAGAGCCUGGCGCUGACUGUGGAGGAGAUGAUCAAUGUGCGCAAGGUGCUGGUGAAGGCCGAGAUGGAGAAGUUCCUGCAGAGCAAGGAGCUCUACCAGAGCCUGCGCAAAGGCAAGAUCUGCUGCUGCUGCCGAGCCAAGUUCCCGCUGUUCUCUUGGCCUGCCAGCUGCCUCUUCUGCAAGAGGUCCGUCUGCAGCUCCUGCAGCCUGAAGAUCAAGAUGCCGUCCAAGAAGCUGGCCCAUAUCCCUGUCUACGCGCUGGGCUUCGAGAGCAUGCUGGGGACGCUGCCUGGCACGGCGCUGCCGGUCCGGAAAAGAGACGUGUUCCACUCCCUGCGGGGAAGGGGCUGGUGGGGUGUGGAGCAGGAGUUUCCCCACAUCUACGCCCACGGCUCAGUCCUCAAGGAUGUGUGCAGCGACUGCACCAGCUUCGUGGCUGACGUUAUCAGCUCCAGCCGGAAGAGCGUGGACAUCCUCAACACCACACCACACCGCAGCAGGAAGACCCAGUCACUCUACAUCGACCCUGGCCGCUAGCAACGGACUCUGCUGUCCUGUGGCCCCUGCCCUGGGCACCAGCAUCUCUGCCAGAGCCAGCCCCCCAGAGACCGAGCUCCUUGGAGGCCCGGGGUUCUCUGGGCAAGAGCCCCCAGCCCCACACCUGCAGACAAUCCCACCUUCGAUGGCUUCCAGCUGCCCCUGCUUCCUACAGACUGCCAGGCCCCUCGUGGAGCACACACCUGCCCCUCAGCAAGGCCUGCUAGCAGCUCUGUGUGUAUGUACAUAUAUAUAUAUAUAUAUAUAUAAUAUAUACAGCCUCUAUAUUUAUAUACAUGACCGACAGCCAGGGGUGUUCGCUGCCAGGUGCUGUCUGAAGCCGCAGCUUGCCUGGCAGGGACCCGCUGGCUCGGUGUCUCCCACUGCAGGCAAAGCAAACCCAGCUGCUCUCUUUCCCCGUGCUCCGCAGGGCUGGGCGCAACCCCCCUGCUUUGUAGAGCAGCCGACCAGGCAGGGAGACCCCCGGGGUGUCUCACACAGCAGCUCAGGGCAGCAUGAGGUCCUGUCCUCAGAGCAGGGCGAGGCGGCUGGGCCCUGCCAUGAGCUCUGCCCUCGAUAGUACCUGGGCUCUCUGCCCUCCCCAUCCUUGUAGCCCCCAUGCCUCCCUUCCAGCUCAUGCUGCUAGAAGCAGUGCUGGGUGCAGGAGUGGGGGCUCCCGUGUGUGUCUCCGGAUCCUGUGUCUGUGCCAGACAAUCAGCUGUGAAUAUUUAUUUGUCCUUAUGCUGGAGGUCAUGGGGAGGGGCUGUGGGGUGGGGCCACGUCUCAUGUCUGUCUGAUGCUACCCUUUCUCUGCCAGAGCUGUCAGGGAUUGUGCAGACAGCCCUGCCGCUCUCCGGAGUGUCGGGGCAGGUGCAUGGCUGCUGGGCGCUGGGUGGAAACCCUCUACCUUUCACACUUGGGGUGCUGGAGGGGCUAAUGCUGCAGGGACAACACUAAGAGGUCCAGCUGUGCCAGCCAUGAAUGCCCCCAGGUCCCUGGGGGGCGGCUCAGACGGAUAAGGACCCUGCUGCCCUAUGCUACGGCCUCCUGCUUCUCUGCCAACCCGCUCGCUGCUCCCUGCUGACGCGCCUGCGAACGACAAUGCCUUAUCACUGUCCCGGAUCGCCCGUCCACGGCCCUGCGUGAGCCAGGCCUCCAGCCAUGGGCCUGACCAGGGCCAACAGAUCUGGUCAUCGUGUUCUACCCAGCCCGCGCCAUAAAGACUCCAUGUAUAUUGUAAAUAGCCUGCAUCGGACCAGCAUGGUUGCUCCUUGUACAUACAGUUGCUCCCAUCCCAAUAAAUACCUAUUUUA